UGACUUGUCAGCACUGAUAGCUAUUCAAAAUUUAAAAACACGCGGAGCACGUGUUGAUAUUAAACAGAAAGAAAUCAAUUGAAAAUAGCUAUAAAUAUUACAUAAAAAUGAAGAGCAACCUGGAUAAAAGCCUAAGCAAUGGCGAAACAAUUAAAACAAAGGUUAAAAAGGAACGCAAACGGCCCAAAUCGAUAAAAUCCGAGGAGGAUGUGGUCACAGAGAAACCGGCUAAGAUUCCGAAGGUAUCUAAGAAGGAGAAGCCAUCAGAGCCCGAGGAAAAGGAGAACACCCUGAUCAAUGGACAUAUAAAGGUGUCCCAAAUCAAUAAAGCCGUUUUCGUGGUCUUUAAAAAGAUCCAAGCCAGUCCACUGACCCAGAAGAUGAUUAAUUCCCUGGUGGUGCUGCUUCGCGAUGAUACGAAUGCGGAACAGCGAACUGCCACUAGUUGCUAUGUGCUCAAGCGCUUGAUUCGCUCUACGGGAGCAGAUGACCUGAAGGCAGUUGCCCUGGCCGCCAGUUAUAUACAUUGCAUCCUAAGCGCCGUGCCUAGCAUCGAUGCUCUGGAGGUUCUAGAGACCCUAAAACGUGAUCUGGCCGUUGGUAGCCAGCAGAGAGGCAAAGAGGACUCCUUGGCCGCAGUGGGUCAGUUGAUCACCGCCUUUUGCAUCUUGCAGACUCCGCAGUUCGCCGAGGCCAAGCCCAAACUAGUGGGUGCAGUAUUCGAGAUCCUGGUGGCCCAGCUUAAGGGCAGGGAGUACCUGGUGUCCUUGUGUGCGGAUAUUCUUGCAGACUCAUUCAAAAAGCUUUCCACUGCCAACUUCGAGGAGUACGUGUGGCCGCUCCUACAACCUCAACUAAACAAGCCGUUAAGUGGCUUAAAGCUUAACACAUGCGAUCUUUUGCUGGCGGUGCACCUGACCUAUCCGUCGAUCCUGGGACGAGAGCAGCUCCUUGCUAGUUUGUGGCCCAAGAAACCACUGUACGGACAGCUCUUCGAGCUCUACCACUCUGGCUCCACAAUUCACAGUGAUGGCGUGUACGCCAGAUUAGCAGCAUUCCUGGAAAAGGGCGGUAAAGAUUCACUCAUCGCCUGGCAGCAGUAUGUCGAUUCGAAGCAACCACUAAAACUAAAUGCUGCCAAGGCUGGUGUGAUUCAAGUACUGGGUCACUUACUCCUCAACUUUAAGGAAAAAGACGAACAGACCAUCUUGGAUAUUUUCAAACCGACAUGUGUGCAAUUCCUGUUGCAGGAAUUAUCGGCCGUAAAAGGGGACAACAGCGAGGCCAAAAAACCCUCCCAAAAGGAGCUGCGCGAGAUUUGCUUCAAGUUCGAGGGAUCCUUGGUUUUGAGUUUCGAGAAACAGUUGCAAAACGAGGAGAUCAAGUUGCAACUGCUGCUUAGAUUGCUGGAGCAGAGACUGCAGUUGGAUUCGGUCAUAAGCUUGCCACGUUUCAGCCAGCAGUUGAUCAAUCAAUUGAGCGUUGAGAGUCUCCAGAAGCUCUACGAUUACUAUAGCAAUCUGCUGGGCUCAUUGGCGGAUGAGGAUAGAGUGAGCAGGGUGCACUGCCUCAACCAGAUGCAGUUGAUCUUGCAGCACCCUAAACUCGACAAGGAGGGCAAAUGGCGUCAAAAGCAGUUGCGCCACUUCCUGCUCGCUGCCGUGUUCCAUUUGGAUGUCGACAAGAAGCCAUGUGAAACCACCAACGCAAGCGCUUUUAGUCGUCAGUGCUCGGAACGUUGUGAGGAGAUCUUUUUCGGUUCAUUGCUGCACAAGUGCUCGGGUCUGCCAGCUCUGUGCAAGUUGCUCCAGAAAACCUUAAGUUAUCUUAAAAAAGAGUUGUUUAAACCGGAUGUGGAAAGCAAAAUACGUUCACCAAUGAAUGAGGGUUUGCGAAAGGCCUGGAAACAGGUGGAGGAGCUGCUGACUAAGCCCAGUGAGGAAUCAGACGUCGUCGGCCAAACUUUUGAGGCUCUUAUUUUGUUUGUUUCUUUGGCGUUGUGCACAAGGAGUCCUUUAUCCGUUACCGUGUUGGAGGAUCUGAUCAUCUGCCGGAAGAAUGCUCUGCAGAAGGGCAAGAAAAAAGCUAACGAGGACCUUAAAUGGCAAGAUGUGCUUACAGAUGCCCUGCUACAGUUGCUCUUGCAAACGGGCCACUUCUGGCGUGAGUUUGUCAACCUAGUGGCCACGGCAUUGAUUCCCCAUCUGGAGGCGUCUAACCUUGAGCAGAUUCUCGAGGUGCUUAACAUGAACAGAAAUCCCUUGAGCAAAAAAGACGAGGGCGAAGAGGAUAGCGAUGAGGAAAUGGAGGAGGAGCAGCAACCGGAAGAUUCCAGUGAAGAUUCAGAGGGCGAUGAUGAUGAUGAUGAGGAGGAGGAUGAUGAAGAUGAGGAGGGCGAUGAGGAGUCCCAUUUGGCCCAGAUUCGCGAGAGCGUUCGUCAGGCAUUAGUCAACGACGGCGAUGCCGAUGAUGAUGGUGCCAGCAGCGUGGAUUGGAACGAUGUAGACGAGGAACAGGGUCAACGCUUAAAUGCUGCUCUGGAGCAAUCUUUCCAGUUGUUCCGACCAAAGUCGCGCAAAGCUCAGGCCAAGGAACGGCCCACCAAAUCGGAACGCAUUGAUAACACUAGUCUUCUACAUUUCCGCAUUCGCGCCCUAGAUUUGCUGGAGCUGUUUGCCACCAAGAAACCAAUCCAACCGGUGAUCCUGGACGUGCUGCACUGCGUCUUUCAGGUGUUCCGUCAUUGCAGCGGCGAUACCAAACUGCAAUCCUUGCGCGAAGCCAGUUUAAAGUUGCUCAAGAAGCUGCUCGCCAAGAAUAUUGAAUUUGAGCCGAAGCAAGACAAGGCACCAAUUUUGGAGGCCAUUGAGCAGCUGAUGUCCACUGCGGAUGAGCAGUCGGAAGAGGAUCAAGAGGGUAGCAAGCAACCUAGCAACCGACAGGCCAAGGCAGAGGUCACGAUUUGGCGGGAUAAGUGCUUUGCCUAUCUGGUCAGCCAGGGAUCAGCAGAUAAGGAGCCCAAAGACAGUGCAGUUUGGCCUCUGCUUGUCGAGUUCCUGCAGAUGUGGGUGGCCAAUCGGCGUAGUCGCUUGUCGCUGGCCAGUUUUGAGGCACUUUUCCAGUCUGGUCAAUGGCAGGGAGUUGCUCCACUGGCCGUUGUUUUGGCCUCCCAUUUGGAUGCGAAGAAAACACGCAGCUUUCGGCGGGCACAGAUCUUAAAGCUUCUAAGUGAACAAUUCCGACGACUCGAAACUGCUCUUAAGGAUAACAGCUCGGCCUCCAAGGAAUUCGAAAAGCAACUGGCCAGAUAUGUGGAGCAACUAGAGGCUGAAAGUAACAGUCCGAAAGAGCUGAAACUGCUGCAGAAGAUUCUGGCCCAGGGUGGCCCUAAGCGGCAGAAGUUGCUGGAAAAGGUGCAAGUUCUAGGCCAGAAGCCUCAGCCCAAGAAAACGGCAGCGAAGGAGGAGGAACAGGUGACCGAGGAAGUUAAGGAAGUUGAAGACGUGCAGCAGGCAGCAGAGCAAAAGCAAGAGAAGACGAAAAAGAAGGACAAGUCCAAUAAGGCCAACAAAAAGCAUAAGAAAAAUGAAUAAAUUCACUCUAGAAAUUACCCUGCUAAAUAUUAGAGUAACAUUAAGUUUUUUGUUCUUAGGAAAUAUCUAAUGUCAAAUACUAAAUUAGUAUUGAAGCCAACCAAUAAUAAUAACGCAAAUUUUUAAACAAGCCAGCCCAA